UGGGGUGUGGAGGGCGGCCCCUUAGCAACUGGUACCUCCGCAGCCCGAGCUCUACGCGCUGCCCACCCCCACCUCUAUCCCAUCACGCCUAUGCCCCUGACCCCUCUGCCCUGUGGCGAUUGGACAUCAAGAGAAAGGGAAAACCAGGUCUCAACCUAGUUGUGGGUUGGGCCUGCCCAAGGUGGCCAGGUGGGAAGAUGAAACAGUCCCUGGUAGAUGACACAGAGGAUGUGUCUCUUGAUUUUGGAAAUGAAGAGGAAUUGGCAUUGAGGAAAGCUAAAAUCAGGCAUCCACUGGCCACCUUUUUCCACCUAUUUUUCCGAGUGAGUGCUAUCAUUACCUACUUGUUCUGUGACUGGUUCAGCAAAAGCUUUGUUGCCUGUUUUGUCACUAUUCUCCUUCUUCUGUCCUUUGACUUUUGGUCUGUCAAGAAUGUGACAGGAAGACUCAUGGUUGGCUUACGCUGGUGGAACCAGAUAGAUGAAGAUGGAAAAAGUCAUUGGAUUUUUGAAGCCAAAAAGGUCUCUUUAAAUAAUUCAACUGGCACAGAAGCUGAAGCUAGAAUCUUCUGGCUUGGUCUAAUUAUCUGUCCGCUGAUUUGGACUGUGUUCUUCUUUAGCACUUUAUUCUCCCUGAAGCUCAAAUGGCUGGCACUUGUGAUUGCUGGAAUCUCCCUCCAAACUGCUAAUCUAUAUGGAUACAUCCACUGUAAACUAGGAGGACAAAAAAGUAUCACUAAAGUCACAUCGAGGUUUCUUUCCCAGACAGUAUUUCAGAGAGAGUGUCAAGAUGAAUUUCAAAAGCCUGGAAUGGAAAUACACAAACAUUAAAUGAGAAGUAUAAGCUCUUCAUUACCUUCAAAAUAAGGUUCUAACACAAAACUAGCAUUUGUGAUUCACUGUGUAAUUUGGUUCCAU